AUGAACUCUGGUUCAGGAUCAUUUGGGCCUAACAGUAAUAGUAAUAGAUACUAUUCUGCCCAACCAAGGCAACAACAACAGCAGCAGCAGCAACAGCAGCAACAGCAGCAGCAACAGCAACAGCCUAACCAAUAUAAUUAUGGUCAUCUGGGCUAUGGUUCGCAACAAACCCAAAUGCAACAGAAUCAACAGAAUCAACAGAACCAACAGAAUCAGCAACAACAGCAAUCUUAUAUGAUUCAACAAGGUCUUUACCAAAACUCUUAUCUUCAACAAUCUCAUAAUCAUUAUUCCCAAUCUCCAAACCAGAUUGUCUCACAAGUUCAAUACCAGCAUCAUCAGCAACAGCAACCGUCACAGCAACAACAACAACAAUCACAUUCUUCUCAUCUUUAUUACCAGAAACAUGCUCAACAAUCUUCUUCAUCCUCUUCUCCUCAAAAUUCGUCUUCAGCAAACUCUACUCUUGAUGCCCAAAUCCAAGCUCAAGCUCAGUUCAAUGCUCAAAUAGCCCAAAUGGAUGCUCUUCACGAACUCUCUAAUCAACAACAAUCUUCAUCUUCUGCUAAUCCCCAGCAAUCUUCAACUUCAGCUCAAAACACUCCACAUGUUCAAAACUCUUCCAUUCUUAAAUCCCAGUUUCAUCCUUCUUCUUCUUCAUCUUCUUCCCAGCAAAGUCUCUUGAACGCUGAUGCUACUACAACUGUUGCACAAAAUGCUUCUUCAUUAAACUCUCCAACUCAUUCUUCAGCAUCAAAUAGCCAUCAUAACAAUCAUCAUCACCAUGCUGGAUUAAAAAACCAUACUUGGAGUGACUACCAACAAUCUUCAGGAUCUUACUCUUUUGGCAACACAAAUCCAGCUUCAGACCCAGGAUCCAAUUCUUCAAAAAUCUUUGGGAAAUCCCAAUAUAACCAAUCUACUUCUUCUCCAUCUUCUACUCAACCUAAUACUCAAUCUUCUUCUUCAUCUUCUUCACAAUACUUUUUUUCACAGCAAUCCCAUCUUGGAGCUCUUCCUCAGCAACACCAGCCAUUAUCACCACAAUUUGCAACCCCUUCUCGCAAACAGCAACCAUAUUCUACCUUGUCGACAUCUUCCGCCACAGCUGCGGCCCAGUCUGCCCCAUCUUCUUCUUCUUCUUCUUCAAAUACUUCCUACUAUGAAGGAUCUGUUGCAACCUCUACUACAACAGCACCAGGAUCAACGUCUUCUGGACAAAGACAACAACAUGGUCUUACUUCUACGUCUUCUUCGGCUCACCAUGACCCAGAUGUUGCUGCUGCCGCUGCCGCUGCAGAAGCUGCAGCAGCUGCUGCAGCCGUUGCAUCUGCAACACCCCCACACCUUUUCCCCCCACCUCACCAACGUCAACAACAACAACGCUUAAACAUUCCACAGUCUACUUCGUCCGUGGGGUUAGGAGGAAUCUCAUCUUUAACCCACGGACAACAAACUUCCGGCGGAUCAAAUUCUGGCCCACAAUCAACACAAAUGCCCACUCUAAAUGGUGUAGGCUCCAUUCAUCAAGAUUAUCAGUAUGAUUAUUCUAAACAACAACAGCAACAACAACAACAACAUGACCCGACAUCUGCGUCAUCCCCUUAUUUAACGUCAGGGUCCUUAGGACAUGCGUAUCAUCAUCAUCAAUUACAUUUACAAUCUCAUAACCAUAAUCAAAGUCCUUCCCAACAACAACACCAACAACAACUUGUUUCGGGUCCUGCAACUGGAAAUCAAAACAACCCUGCAGGCGGGAGUGGCAGCAGCAACAGCAGCAACAGCAGCAACAGCAGCAACAGCAGCAACAACAGAAGUAGCAGCAAUGCAAAUAACAUGAAUUCAAUGUCGGUUGCAGCUGCACUUUCGGCAGAUGCAUUACCCGGAUCGUAUUCAGCUACAGUGUAUUCAAAUCCUCAACAACAACAAAAUGGACCCGACCACCACCGGCUAGGAAUGGGAUACAGAGGAGGUGAUUCGAACAGCGCUAGUGGGUCUACGUCAUCAACAUCAAUAUUGAGCAACAGUGGCGGCAGCAGCAGCAGCAGCAGUGGCGGCGGCAGCAGCAGCAGCAAUAACAGCAACACUGGCAACAACAAUAACAACAGUGGUAGCAGCAGCGGAACAAUGAUGUCCUCGGUCGCUUAUCCAGGAGGAUAUUUAAAUGGGGCGGGUAGUGCUGGUGUUGGCCCCAAUCACAGCAAUAAUAAUAUUGACGGAUCUCAGCCGUUUGACUCGCACGGACUUGUGUCCGCGGACCAUAAACGGCGAGGCCUUGCAGAUGUGCUCGGGAGUAACGGCACUGGUAGUGGAGGUAGUACUCUUGGCUCAGGCGUGGUUGUUGUCGGUUCAGACCCAAGGGCAAGUGCUAGCGACUCAUCUGGAGCUAGCACCGGGCCAACGGGUAACACUGAUUUGAUAUCUGCCACGGCAGGUGUUGGCGGUGGUAGCAGUGGCCGUAACUCUGGCACGAAUUCCAACAGAAUUACCAAUUCAACAGGAUUGUCUUCUUCCACAACAACAACAACAACAACAGCAGCCUCCGCCACAUCAUCUGAUGUUUCUUCGGGUCCUGGAAAGUCCCGUGCUAAACGGGGCCGCACAAAUUCUGGAGAAUCACGAAAAAAUAAAGGACUCACACACAAGUCAGGCCCAGAUGGAGUAGUGGAAAUUAAAAAUGAAGAAGGAGGUGCAGAAGGAGAAGGAGAUGGCCCAAGAAGAAGAAGAAGAAAAAGAAAUGGAGGCAUCACUUCACCACCGCCACAAACAUCGACUUCAAGCUCAUCCUCAGAACCUGUUCUUGGUGAUGGAGACCUUAAAAUUGGUGCUACACAGGUUGACAAGAUGAUGCUUAUUAUCCAGGCACAAGAACAACUGGAGAAGAAGCUAAUGGUUGGUGAGGCUGUUGCACCCCUUGAGUUUGAUAAUGAGCAAACACUUGUUCCCUCCAAAGGCAUGUUGAAUGGCGGUGUGGGCAAGCGGGAAAGCAAAGCCGAGAAUAAGUACAAGUGUGGAUUCCCAGACUGCAACAAGUCGUUUUCUCAAAAAACUCACUUGGUGAUUCACGGGCGCUCUCACACAGGUGACCGGCCUUAUGUCUGCGACAUUAACGGCUGUGGCAAACGGUUCUCACAACACGGCAAUUUGCGCACUCACAAGCGGUCGCACACUGGCGAAAAGCCUUAUACAUGUGAGUCUUGUGGUAAGCGGUUUGCGCAAUGUGGCAACUACAAGGCCCACUUGUUGAUCCACAAGUCUUUCCGCCCGUUUGUUUGUCGUCUUGACAAUUGUGGCAAAACUUUUUCUCAGCUCGGUAAUCUCAAGGCUCACCAAAACAAGUUCCACCAAGGUCCACUGCUCCGGCUCACGGAACUUUUCAAAAUUUACGCCAAGUCUAAGCUGUUUACUGGUGGUGGCAAUGGUUCUCCCGGAGUUACAGGUGGGUCUGCAAGUCCAGGAGAUAGUGAGCAGCCGCCAAAUAUCUCAAACGAGGACAUGGAAAUGCUGAGGUACUUUGCGGAUCUCUACAAAAAUUCAAACCGUGGCAUCAAGGGCCGUGGUAAGGAGUCGCGUUAUGGAAACAGUAGUGGACGCAGCAAACGACCAAAUAAAUCGAGUGCCAGCAGCAGUCGUGCAAUGGGAGCUACUAAUAAUGAUGAAGAUUGUAGUGGUGGUGAUGGUGGUGGCACUGGGAUGGUGCACAAGUUGGAGCACAUAGAUGAGGGCUUGCUUUUGCCUCCGCAACCGCCAUCUUCAUCUUCAUCAACUGCGGGGCCCUCCUCACAAAUUCAAAUGCAGCAACAACAGCAGCAGCAACCACACUCCAUGUUGGGGUCCCUUGUUUACGCGCAACCGUCUUCAGCUACACCACAGUCACAGGGUCCACAAUCUUUGUCGUCUGCAGCGGUAGGAAAUAUUGCACCUCAGCAGCAUCUACCUCAACUGCCUCCUCAUGGUGGAGCCCCGGCGGGGUACCACCACCCGGGAUUUUAA